AUUUUGACAAGUUUUUAAUUAAUAAUUUAUAAAUAAUUGUUUUAUAUUCAAAAGUUUUGAAAAAUUUAAAUCUAAAAAAUUACGAAAAGUAUUGCUUAUAGUUGAGUACUAUUUCAAAAAUCUGUUAGAGCACGUGUGGAAACGCUUGUAAAGUAGUUGACUUGACGCCUAUUAUCAUGAAAAAACGCCGAAGAAAGGCCCCCCUUUAUUCUACAGCCAAAGUGGCAAAUUUUGCUUUUACGGACGAUUCAUCACAAACCGACGACGAGGACAACAUGAGGAUACAUCAUAAAACUCAUAUGAGUUUGAAAGAUCUAUGCCUCAAUGAUGACCUAGCAACAAGUAUGCUCAUAGAUCCUAUUAUUGGUUUUGAAACCCGAAAGAUGAACGUCGUCGACUUCGACAAGUCCAAACUACAUGUUUACAUUGGCAUAGCUCGUUUUGCGAAGAAAACCAAGGCCAUUGACGCUGUUUUCGACUUGAUAGCCGAAACUGAAAUAUACUUCAGAAAGUUUUAUACUGUUAUUGAUGAAUGUGUUAUAUCAUUUCAUCGUCAUCUUGCUACAUACUUCUCUUUUUUCCUGACCUCCUCCGGCUUCCGCCUUGAAAGGUGCGAUCGUUAUAAAUGGGAAAAUUAUAAAGGGGCUAAAGUUAUUGCUACAAAAAAAUGGUGUCGAGGAGACAGAAUAAAACGAUUAGUUGGAAUGGCAGCCAAACUUAGUGAAAAGGACGAAGUGGACAUUUUGAUUCCAGGCAAAAACGAUCACAGCGUUAUGUACUCGACGUGUGACAAAAGAUCUCAACUGUGGCUGGGUCCGAUCUCUUUUAUUAACCAUGAUUGUAAUCCAAAUUGUAAGUUUGUGACAAAGCACGACGGAACGAUUGAAGUUGUUGCGAUAAAUAAUAUCGAACGUGAAGAUGAAAUUUUCUGUAAUUAUGGAAAUGAUUUUUUUGGCAAGAAGAAUUGUUUUUGUGAAUGUUUGACAUGCGAAGUGUUAGAAAAAGGGUUUUUUGCCAAGGAAAAUGUAUCAGACCGCAAUGAAGAUGAAGAUAUGGAGGCAAAAUAUCGAGAGCGCGUUGAUUGGUAUAUUCAAAGACGAGAAGGUUGGAAGAGCAAGCGUAAACUAUGUGAAUCGGAAACUGAGGAAGACAAAGAUUUACUCCAACCCAUUUUACGUCGUUUGAAAAGAUCAUCUGUAUCUCCGAAACGGACUAAAUACGAUUUGGACUUUAUGAACGUCUAUAAAUAACAUUCAAUACCAUUAUUAAUAUUACAGAAUUAUUAAUAUGUAUAAGUAGAUUUCGAAAAAUUGUAGGCGCAGGAAUUACGGUUGUCUUUUUCAAGGGACACUUUUUUUCUGUCUUUGAAAUUAUUUUUAUAUAUAUAUCAAAAUAUAUAUUGUACAUUUUCUGGGAAAAGUCCCUUUAUGAAAACUCC